UCUUCGAUUUUUCUUUUUGUUUUGUUUUGUCAUCUUAAAAUAUGCAAACCAAAAUGGUCCUGAACCUGCCUCACAGCAUGAAGUAGGCUAAAAUAUCUCAAAAAGCAACUGCAAAUGCCCUCAUAAAGAAACUUAAGAACAGAUGACAAAUAAGAUCACUGAUAUCUUACAGUCUAGAAAGAGUUACAAAGCCUUUUUUAGGGCUUUAGGACUCCAGCAAACUAUAGAGUGAGAUCCAAUAUCCAUGAAUGGAGAAACCUUGGAACAGCGAUGAAUGUUCCCAGUAGCGGCCGGCUCACCGUAAUUACUCCCAGACCGGAUCGCCGAGCCAUCCAGAAGGUCGCAAAAGAACCCAGAAGGCCAUCUGAAGCCCCUCAGGCCUCACUUUCUCUGUCAAAGUCAGAGUUUAUGACUCAGUAAGAUGCCGUCACUGGUUGAGUUUAAGGCCAAACCCACUGCUGAGCAAAAAACCCAACAUUUGCUAAAGAAAAAAAAAACACCUUGACACAAUAGCUCUGUUUUUGUUAGAGAUUGAUCUAUUAUAUAGUUAAAAAAAAAAUCGAUGGAACCAGUCAGUAUUGUAUCAAAUAUGAGGAUGUCCACUCCCUUCCAGGAAAUCUGAACCCAGUCGGUGACUAAUACGUGGGCAUAGCAGCCAGAGGUGUGAAGAAUGGCCCAUUUUGGGCGGCGCAGUAGAAGGAACAAUUACCUUAAUGACGAUCUCCUUCCAUUCAGCAGCUUCAUCACUGUCAGCUUUAAUAUUACCUUCAUCCAGCAAAGCUUAUGUUGUUGGUAGAAAUCUUCCCUAAUGGCUGCAUUCACAAAUGAAAAUUGAUUUUACUUACAAUUACACGUAUUAAUUAUAAUCAUUGACGGCUAAAAGAUGAAAGCUGCUGUGACAGUAGGCAGACACAUGAAGUCAAAUUAAUUUGAGUUUUUAAUGGAAGCAUUAUACAACAUGCAGCAUUAUUGUUAAAAACGGGAAACGAUGCUCAUAUUUGAAUUUAUUGUGGACUUUUAAUUCAAAAAGGAUCUGAAGAUACUGACUUACUUUGUGGUCUGUCAUCAACGAAUGCAAACAGGGUUUUACGUCCCAUUGUGUUUGUGUUCUUAUGAACUAUUGGUGGUUGCUUGCGACCAUUCCUGAGUGAUUUCUAAUGUUACUUUUGGAACCGCCUGAGUCUCCGUGCCAGGAGGGUGUGUCCUCACAGUGCAGCCAAGUAUUUAAAGGAGUUCCUGACCUAAAGCAAGGUUCACAGCAAGCAGAAAAGCUGUUCCUCGGGUCUGCUUUGUUACGUUUCUGCGCCGACUGAACUGAGAUGCCGGCGGUGAUUUCCCCGGUGCGAGACAGAUCUGAUGUGGGCCGCUUCCCCACUGUCACUUUUCCAUUUGUCGAGGAUGUUGAGGAGGAAAAAGAAGAACCGGGAGCCAACGAUGUUAAGAAGGAGAACGCCUGUCAACAGUGGUGGCGUAAGGCGUGCGCUUGCUGUUAUAAACAGCCGGGCGACGACGACGUGACGGAGACCGUGGUCACAGAGGCUGAGGAUCCAGAUAAAGGGGAGGAGGGGAAUGGAGAGAAGCCAACUACUGGGGAAGGCAAUCUAAAUGAACUUCUCCUGACAGUUAAGUCGAUAGAUCUGAUGAAACGCAAAACAGAGCACAACCUUCAGGAGCAUCACACAGACCUCUACCAGAGUGACAAGUUGAUAAUCCGCAGAGGACAAACGUUCCAGAUGUGGAUAACCUUAUCUCGGCCUUUUGACCCCCUAACAGACAAGCUUCAUCUGGAGCUAAAAACAGGGCUCCUCCCGGAAGUGUCCAAGGGAACCCAUGUCAUUGUCCCUCUCGUGGAGGACCUGGAGGACGGUCGCUGGGAGGCGACGGUCGUCAAGCAGGAGGACAGGAGGCUAAAGCUGUCGGUGAAUUCCCCGCCCACAGCCGUCAUCGGCAGAUACCAGCUCACUGUGGGAACGAGUUGUGCCAACGGCCCGUACACUUCUACACGCGACCCUGCCAACGACAUCUACAUGCUGUUCAACCCCUGGUGUGACGAUGACUUGGUUUACAUGGACUCUGAAGCAGAGAGGCAGGAGUGCGUCCUUAAUGAUGUCGGACGGAUCUACUACGGCACAGAGCAUCAGAUUGGAGAGAGGACCUGGGACUACGGGCAGUUUAGUGAUGGGAUCCUUGCUGUCUGCGUCUUUCUACUGGAAAAGAGUCGGACUCCAAACUCUGGGUGGGGGGACCCAGUCAAUGUGGUACGAAUCCUCUCAGCCAUGGUAAACUCUCCGGACGACCUUGGUGUCUUGGAAGGAAGGUGGGAUGGAAACUAUUCACUUGGAACUGCCCCCACAGUGUGGAGUGGAAGUGUGGAAAUCCUGCAGGAAUACUACAAAAACAAGGGAACACCCGUUAAGUACGGCCAGUGCUGGGUCUUUGCUGGUGUCUUCACUACAGUGUUACGGUGUCUGGGUAUUCCUGCUCGGACAGUGACCAACUUCAGCUCUGCACACGACACCGACGUCUCCUUGACAACCGAUGUUUACCUGGAUGAGAAUUUUGAGCCGAUAACCCACCUGAACGCAGACUCUACCUGGAACUUCCACGUAUGGACCGAUUGCUGGAUGGCCCGUCCAGACUUGCCUCAUGGCUACGGAGGCUGGCAGACUGUCGAUGCCACCCCACAGGAAACCAGUCAGGGCACGUAUUGCUGUGGCCCGGCUUCACUCACCGCUGUCCGCAAUGGUCAGGUCUACCUUAAGCAUGACAGCCCCUUUGUGUUUGCUGAGGUGAACAGUGAUAAAAUAUACUGGCAGAAGACCACAGAUGGCACAUUCAGACAAAUCUACAGCGAGAAGAACAUUGUGGGUCACGCCAUCAGCACCAAAGCUGUGGGCUCAGAUGAACGCCUUGAUAUCACGCACCUUUACAAGCACCCAGAAGGCUCUGAGGAGGAACGUAUUGCCGUGGAAACUGCCUGUAGCUAUGGCUCAAAGGCGGCCGCGUUCCCAUCUCCAACAACAGAAGAUGUCACGUUGGAAGUGUUCCUGGAGGGUGAUGGUCCCAAAAUGGGGGAGGAUGCAGAGCUCACCAUCAAGUUGAGGAACAAGAGCUCGGAGCAGCGUAACAUUACCUUGCACAGCCAGCUAGCCGUCAUGUACUACACUGGAGUCCACAAGGCCACAGUGAAAAGGGACAAAGCAGAUGUGGAAAUACUGCCUAACGAGGAGAAUGAGUUGACCUGGGCAAUGGAGUACAAAAUGUACAAGGACCAGCUGAUAGAUCAGGGUGCCCUGAUGCUAACCCUUUCAGGUAGGGUUAGAGAAACACAGCAAGUCCUGGUCACCCAGUUCAGCUUCCGACUCAGGACCCCAGAUCUCAUCAUCAAGCCAAUCGGGAAGGCUGUAGUAGGGAAGGAGAUGAAAGUGGAGAUUUCUUUUACGAACCCUCUACCCCGGGUGCUGAAAGAAGUAAUAUUUCACAUAGAAGGACUAGGCCUUCUACCUGCAAGAAAGAUUGAAUUUGGAAAUAUUGGCAGCCAAGAAUCCGUCUCUGUCGCUCAGCACUUUGUCCCCAGCCUUCCCGGACCGAGGAAAUUACUGGCUUCCUUGGACAGCAAGCAGCUCACACAGGUUCAUGGCGUAUGCGACAUCAACGUGGAAGACAAAAGCAGCGUGGAUUCAUAGGGAUCGGCAACGUUUUGACUGACAAUUACCCGUCAUUCUGAGGACCGAUUUUUAUCAUUUCCCUCAUGAACUCCUAUUCCCAUUUAUUUAUGUGAAGCCAGUAUUCAAAUCUACUGACGCCUUUCACUGCAGCACUGAUUAACUUUGCACAAGAAUUGUAAACUGACAGCUACUUGUGUGAAACGUGGUGGAAAUGUGAUAUGUGUUCACAAAACACAGACGCUUUUAAUAUUACUCAAAAACCAGCAUGAGCUUGCAUCAAACUCCUGAUACGGGGGAUGCAACCGUGUGCAGGCCAACAAUGUGUAAUUGUAAAUGCUAUUCAAAUGACCACAGUUGUAGCAGAGGUUGGACUGUGCAGAGGCUUUUAUGAAGGAAAUAUGCCAUUGUUAAAACAAGCUUUGUAUUUGCGUCUUGUUUUAUAUUCAUAUGUGCAAUCUAUUUAUUUGGUUAAUUAACCUUGAAUUAAAAAUAAUAUCUACAGUAUCCCCAGUUCCAGAUUAGCCUGUAUUAAUAAAAAAAAAAA